AUGCCUGGCCUUGCCGAUUACAUCAAAGAGAAGGGUUACGAGGAGUCGACAUCUUCACCUGAGCUUAUUGAGCUCUUCCUUCCUUCUUUCUUCGCCUCCAUGCAACGCGAUCUGAUAUGCCAACAGGGCCUUCCGGAAUUUGAGAAUCGUCUGCGAUUCGCACAGGCAACUGAAGCUCUCGCUCAUCUACGUCGACAACUCCGUACACGUUCGUUUGCCAAUAGUUACAAGACACGUAAUGCUCAUUCUCAGGGCGCCUACACGAGAAGCCGCCUCCUCCAGAAUCAGAUCGAAGUCCGAAUCAAAGCCGUUCGAGCACAAUAUGACAUAUCUAGACGAUCACUCCUAUCACUACGAGGUCCAGGAGAUUGGGAAAAUACACUGAAAGUACUACGUGCUGAGGACAUUCAAGGGAUCAACGAACGUACUCUGAAUGAAGAGGAGCAAGAGGAAUACCGCCGUGCUAGGCUACUUGCCGGGAUGUCCGAGGAAACUGUUGAAGGUGAACUCCACGGGCUGGGUACCACCAGCGGGCAAGAAAACAUACCAACCGUCGCCUUCAACCGCAGUCUUGCCCUUGGAGAAGGUCGCCGAACGUUGUCUUGGAUUUGGUACACAGUUACCGACGAAGAACUCAUGGGGGUUGGAGAGGUACAGGCCUGUCUUCGUGUUGAAUGGGUGAAAGCGCGCGCUCGUGCGGAGAGAUGGAGAGAAGAGGUGCUGCUCCUGGAGGAGGAAAUGCGACGGUCUAUAGCCUAUUGCGAAUGGAAGGCAAUGUACUGGGAUAACGCUGCGACAACGAGAAGCAGGCCACCUGAAUCAAACGAUCUCGCAUUGUUUGAGGGAGUUCGGGCGUAUGCAUAUCGACAGGCGUCGUACGAGCGGCGGCGCGUAGUCAUGUGGAAACGACAGUGGGUGGCCAUUCAAGAGCGGGCAACGCUUGUGCUUACGACUCAGUUGGGCCAGGGUGAUAUCCUGCGGAACGAUCAGGCAAUGUUGAUAGCGCCGCCGUUGGUGGUAGAGUUGGACCUCAGUGAUAACGAGAUGGAAGGUAUGGAGGAUGGAGACGUAGAGGUGGGGGAUGUAGAUACUUAG